AUGAAUAUGAAACUCACCAUAAAUCACUUAUUCGAUGAUAGUUUAUUUAGAGAGUACAAGCAAGACAGCCUCAGCGUAGAAAAAAUGGGCAUAGUAACUGUCGCAAAUGAAAUUUUUAAAAGCACAUAUUAUGAUAAUGGUGUUCGCAAAAGUAGGCCUAAUGUGUUCACAAGCGAUUUCAAUUUGAACUGCAGUUUGAUGCUUUAUGAUCAUUUCAAUUCACCUGCAAACUAUUACAAGAGUAUGCGUUCGUUGAAAAACUUGCAAAAAUUUGCUACUGAUUUCAAUUGUUUGUACCAAAGUGGUCAGCCAACUAUACAGAAGGUAGUAGAAGAUGUUGGCAGGAGUGCCAAAAGGGCAAAGAAACGUGUGGCGGAAAAAGAAUGUGUGCAAACAUCCGCUGAGACUCCUACUGUCCAACAAUCCGGCAAUUUAUUGAAUGAUGUGGAAAUAAUAGUGGACAAUCAAAUGUUUUUUGCUCACAAAUCCAUAUUAGCUGCCCAUUCGCCUUUAUUUUUCCAAAUGUUGUGUCACGAGUCCAAAACGAAUGUUAUUGACAUCAGUGGAUUUUCUACUGAAACAACUGGAUGCUUCAUUAAGUAUUUGUAUUCUGGUGAAAUUGACGACAAAUCUUGGACAACUAUCCAAGAGCUGUAUUCGAUGGCCUUUAAAUAUGAUGUUCAUACUUUGAUGCGAGAUUGUGGUGAAAUAUCAUCCACAUUUUUGUCUAUUGAUACUGUUUGUGAAAUACUUAAAAUGGCUUACGAGUACAGAGAUGAUUUUUUGAAAUUAGAAGCAACGAAAUUUGCCUUAAAACAUAUUAAAGAGUUAAUUCUUAAGGUUGAGUGGAAAGAUAUGAUUAAUGUAAAUCCACAUAUCGGAUAUGAUGUGAUGAAGAAGUAUGUUCUUAAGUAG